GGAUAUCUGUGUGAUGUGUCUGAGCAUCGACUCGGCCAACGUGCAAAAUUAAAGUAUGGCGACCACCAUGGACGUCGACGAUGACGAGUGUGAUUUGCCGACCUCCAGCAGUGGAAAAGGCGAGAAGAAGCGUUUCGAGGUGAAGAAGUGGAACGCGGUGGCAUUAUGGGCCUGGGAUAUCGUAGUGGAUAAUUGCGCUAUCUGCCGUAACCACAUUAUGGACCUCUGCAUCGAGUGCCAGGCAAACCAGGCAUCUGCCACCAGUGAGGAAUGCACAGUGGCCUGGGGAGUAUGCAACCACGCCUUUCACUUUCACUGCAUCUCACGUUGGCUAAAAACACGACAGGUUUGCCCAUUGGACAAUCGCGAGUGGGAAUUUCAGAAAUAUGGUCAUUAAUGUAUUCCAUUGUGCGCACCAAGUACAGUUACAAGCAGUUAUUUUGGCUACAAUUGUUCACCAAUCUUUAAGUAUACCAGAAGGUUAUUUCUUCACGUAAUGAGAAUACAAUUGCCACAAUCUUCAAAAAUUUACUUCAGAGUACAGAAAUACUUGAAUAGAGAAAUACAGAAUACUUGAAUAAUUAAAACUUAAAAUUAUAGUUGCUAAAUAUAUCCUGUGUUAUAUAUAUAUGUAACUUAUAAGUCAUAAAUUUUAUAAUAAAGGCAUUAUAAAAUA